AUGGAGCCCGAGGAGCGGAAGAUCUCGGUGUGGAUCUGCCAGGAGGAGAAGCUGAUCUCCGGGCUCUCCCGGCGGACCACCUGCUCGGACGUGGUGCGGGUGCUGCUGGAGGACAGCCACCACCGGCGGCAGCGCCCGGCGCCGCCCGAGCCGGCCGGCGGGAUGCUGUCGGGGCCGCCGCACUCCUACUGCAUCGUGGAGAAGUGGCGCGGCUUCGAGAGGAUCCUGCCCAACAAGACGAAGAUCCUGCGGCUCUGGGUGGCGUGGGGGGACGAGCAGGAGAACGUGCGCUUCGUGCUGGUGCGCAGCGAGGCUUCGCUGCCCAACGCGGGGCCGCGCAGCGCCGAGGCGCGGGUGGUGCUGAGCCGGGAGCGCCCCGGUCGCGGGCUGGGGGCGGCCCGGGCCAGCCUGGCGCUCACGCAGGAGCGGCAGCGGCGGGUGGUGCGGAAAGCCUUCCGCAAACUGGCCAAGAUCAACAAGAAGCGGCAGCAGCCGCUGGCCCGGGAGGCCUCGUCGGCGGAGAGGAUGGAGACGCUGGUGCACCUGGUGCUCUCGCAGGACCACACCAUCCGACAGCAGAUCCAGCGGCUCCGCGAGCUGGACCGAGAGAUCGACAGGUACGAGGCUAAGAUCCACCUGGACCGCAUGAAGCGGCACGGCGUCAACUACGUGCAGGACACCUACCUGGUGGGCACGGGCGGCGAGCCCGAGCCGGGCCGGGAGCCCGGGCAGCCCGAGGAGCAGCAGCAGCAGCAGCAGGAGGAGGAGGAGGAGGAGAACUACGCCAGGAAGUGCGAGGAGGUGCUGCAGCUGCAGGAGCAGCGGGCGCAGCAGGAGGAGCUGCUGGAGCACCUGGCCGCCGAGAUCCAGGAGGAGCUCAACGAGCGCUGGAUGAAGCGGCGGCGGGAGGAGCUGGAGCUGGCGGCGGGGCCCGGGCUGGCCGACACGGACUGCGACACCACGGAGCUGAGCGGCGGCGGCGGCGAGGGCGAGCUGCAGCUGGAACACGAGCGGGUCAAGACCCAGCUAAGCACCAGCCUCUACAUCGGCCUCAAGCUGAGCACCGACCUGGAGGCCGUCAAGAGCGACCUGGACUGCACGCAGCGGGCGUGGGAGGACAAGGAGCGGGAGCUGCAGCGCCUGCUGGAGACGCUGGGCACCCUGGACGUGGCGGAGGCUCCGGCGGAGCCCCGCGGGGCGGCGGGCGGGGGGCGGCCGCCGGGGGCAGGAUGGAUGGAGCAGGCACGGGCGCUGCGCAAGGACCGAGCCGACAACGACGAGGACUCGGACACGGGGCUGAGCUCCAUGCACAGCCAGGACUCGGACUCGCUGCCCGUGUGCGAGUCGCUGGUGUAG